AAGUUACUUCUCUUUCUUUAACACUUGCACAUUCCUAAAUGGCAUAACAAUAUAUUAUCUAAGAUUACAAAUUUAAAGAUUGAAAUUGAUAUUUAAUAAGCUAAUAAUUUAUUGUCGAUUUAUGAUUGCACAACCAACAAUGACGUGUUGACACCAGAUUCAUCCACAAAGAGCAUCAAGAGCAUUGGCACAACUAGGAGGGACUUAGCACCCCCCAAAAAAAAAAAAUAUUAUCUCUUAUUGAUUUAGAUAUAAGCCCCCUAUGGGUUAUUUUAAAUAAAGAGUUUUGUUAGCCCCUUCCCAGAAUUUUAACGUUAGUUGCGCCUAUGAUCGAGAGCCCCUAGUGCAGGGGUUGCCAAUAAAUUAUCAUUUUUGAAGCGCCGUAACAGGAUUCUGAAAAGUUUUAAAAUAUUUUCAUAACUUGACAUAAUACAUUCACAGCUUGGUUAUAAUAGUAACUUAGUUAAUAAAUUAUAAGUCUUAACCACAGUUAUAAAUUAUUAUUAUUAUUUAUAUCUGUAUUAUUGGUGCAACUAGGGGGGUGCACAGGGACAGGAGCCUUGUGUACCCACAAAAAAAUGGAAGCCCAUCUCUAUUAUAAUUUGAUUAUUUUGAAGUAAAAAUUAUCAAUUAAUACGAAAAUGCUAUACAUUACCUAUAGGUACCUACUGUACAGUGUAUAUUGAGGAAUAUAAUAUAGGAAGGUACUAUUAUGUUCCCACUCGCAGCUAUAAGUUAUAAUAACAUAAUAUUAUGAAAUAAUCUAAAAUAGCUUAAUGUUGUAUAGAACAGGAAAUCAUAAUAAUAUUAUGCUAUAAAUUGAUGAAAUAUUAAAAUAUAGUACAUAAAUAUACAUUUGAAAUUGUUGUGUAUAUGUUUAUAACCAAUGGUUGAGGGUAUUGGUUCUGGGAAUUCUUUAAAAUUUGAGCAACUUCAAGAAUAUUAGUAUAGUUGCAACUAUGAUCAAUAUACUAAAAACUUAUACGUUUCACUUUAGAUGUUUUUUACCAAGUCCGAGAUACUCUGGGUGCAAUUUACGAAGUUUAUAAUUAGCUCUUGUCUCAUAGAUAAUAGAAGAAUAUUAUCUAUGAUUAAUAGCUGUUAGUAUAGGUGCCUUUUUUUGUGGCAUGGCGAUCAAAAUAUAGAUCUAUAUUAUAAUAGUUUAUGACAUGAACAGAAGAUCUUCUUAGUUCAUGGUUAAUGGUUAACCUAACCUAUAGGUUUAUGGAUCCAAAUUAGUACUAAAAUAGUGCUCGUAUUACAAUAGUUAAACCACCGAAUUCGGCCCUAACUCAAACACACAGCAUACAAGAACGGUGGUGAAGCAUAAAAAGUCGGAAAGUCCAUAGUUCAUAGGCCGGCAUAGAGCCUAUUUGUUAUCACCAAAUCUUAUCAGUAUCACCGAAUGUACAAUAACAAUAAUAUUAUUCUGCAUUUCUGAGGCAGUAUCAUCAUCAUAAUUUAAACUAUAAAGGGAUAUCACGGAAUAAUAUUACAAGUUUAGUGUUUUACAAUCCAUUUUAAAAAUAUUUAAUUUAAAUUACCAAAGUACCAAAUAAUGUCUUGUGUUAUUAAAAAAAAAUAUUUAAUAUAAUAAUAAAGAUUAAAUAGAUUUUUGAUAUUUAUUGAUCAUUGGUAUGCAUCUUUAGAACUUGUUCACUGAAUCUGUCAGUCGGCAGUUAUUUUUAAAUUGAAAAUGCAAAAGUUUACAUAAGCUAGAUUUGUUCAACUUCUUUUAUUUUGUUAAAUAGUAAAGACCAAUACCUACCGUGAUCAUGAAUAUCAGCAACCGCAUUGUAGUUACUCCGUUGGGAGCUGGUCAGGAUGUUGGACGUAGCUGCAUCUUAAUAACAAUUGGUAAUCGAAAUAUUAUGCUUGAUUGUGGAAUGCAUAUGGGCUAUCAAGAUGAACGGAAAUUCCCUGACUUUUCAUAUAUUACAUCUGAUGGUAAUAUUACGGACAUAAUUGACUGUGUAAUUAUUUCACAUUUUCAUUUGGAUCAUUGUGGUGCCCUGUCCUAUUUAACUGAACACCUUGGUUAUCAUGGUCCUAUAUAUAUGACACAUCCUACAAAAGCAAUUGCUCCAAUUCUAUUAGAAGAUAUGCGUAAACAUUUAGUUGAAUAUGAAGAAGAAGCAAAAUAUUUUACAUCAAGUGCAAUUAGAGAUUGUAUGAAGAAAGUAACUGCAGUGAAUUUACAUGAAGUUGUGACUGUUAAAGAUGACAUAGAACUAAAAGCAUAUUAUGCAGGCCAUGUAUUGGGAGCUGCCAUGUUUUAUAUUAAAGUUGGAAAUGACUCUGUGGUAUACACUGGUGACUUUUCAAUGACCCCUGACCGUCAUUUAGGAGCUGCUUGGAUUGACAAAUGUCGGCCAACAUUACUUAUAACAGAAUCAACAUAUGCCACAACAAUAAGGGAUUCAAAGCGAUGUAGGGAACGAGACUUUUUGAAAAAUGUGCAUGAAUGUAUAGAUCGUGGUGGCAAAGUGUUGAUACCAAUUUUUGCAUUGGGAAGGGCUCAAGAAUUAUGUAUUCUUAUUGACACUUACUGGGAUCGUAUGGGUCUUAAAGUUCCUGUUUAUUUCGCAGCAGGUUUAACAGAGAAAGCUAAUAGUUAUUACAAAAUGUUUAUAACUUGGACUAAUCAAAAAGUCAGGCAAACAUUUGUUCAACGGAACAUGUUUGAUUUCAAGCACAUUAAACCAUUUGAUAAGACGUAUAUGCAUAAUCCCGGUCCUAUGGUGGUAUUUGCAACGCCUGGUAUGUUACAUGCUGGCUUAUCGUUGAAUAUAUUUAAAAAGUGGGCUCCCGAUGAAAAAAAUAUGUUGAUUGUACCAGGUUACUGUGUCUCUGGAACUGUUGGUAAUAAAGUCUUGAGUGGUUCUAAAAAAAUUGAAGCUGAACCAAACAAAUUCAUUGAUGUUAAAAUGUCGGUUGAAUAUUUAUCGUUUUCAGCUCAUGCUGAUGGUAAGGGUAUCAUACAACUAAUAAAAAACUGUGAGCCUCAAAAUGUGUUAUUGGUUCAUGGUGAAGAAGAAAAAAUGAAAUUUCUCAGAGCUAAAAUAAUGCAAGAAUUUAACAUAAAUUGUUACAUGCCUGCUAAUGGAGAAACUGUAGAAAUUGAAACAGCAAAUAUACAUACAUUCAAUAUGAGUACAAAACUAGUUAAAGAAAUAUUAGAUGAUCAAUCAAAUAAUUUGGGAAAUGGGAAACGCUUGGUACACGGAGCAUUCCUUUUAAAAAAUGGUUCUUCUAAUUUAAAUGCCAUGAGUGUGAAAGAUACUUUCAAAGAAUUGGAUAUUCAACGACACACCUUAAGAUUUACUUGUACGGUGGAAAUUAAAGAAUCAUCUACAAUCCAAAAAACUAAAACUAAAUUAUAUGAUAUGCUGGAAAAUAAUUUGCCAAUUUUUAAAAACAAACUUACCAUGUCUGAUGGAUCAAUAUCGUUGGCAUCAAUUUUAGUGACUGUAGAAGAUGGUAUGGAUAAUAAUAAAAAGAAAAUUGUAAUUUCUUGGGCUAAUGAAGAUGAGCCAUUGGGUAAUCAUGUGCUUGAAAUGUUACAAAAUAUGAGCAAGUCUGAUUAAUAUAGAUAUUUGUAUUCCUUUUUGAAUAUUACAAUUCAAAUAAAGCUGAUUGAAAAUAAUUUUUAAA